GCCACCUGCUGGACAAAUCAACCUCUGCAUGUGAAAAUCAAGAUCAGACUGUGGAUCCUGGAGAGUCCGACCAGGGGAGAACAUCACACAGACACACAGACACACACACAACGAUCUGUGUGUGAGGGAGCUGCUUCACAGAGACCAGCACGCUCUCCUUCCUCCUCCUCCUCCUCCUCUUCUCAUUUCCUUUCCUCCUCUUCUCUCCUCUCCUCCUUCUCGCCAUGGACGCUGAGACGGUGUGAGGAUGAUCUCGGUGGUCUCCACGGUGGAGAGCGCUCCCAGAGGGAUGGGCAGCCCGCCGCCGAGCCUCCUGCAGCGGCUACGUAGGCUCUUCACCAGGUAAGAUGAUGGUGAUAAUGAAGAUGAUGAUGAUGAUGGUUAUGAUGAUGAUGGAUUACAUUACAUUACAUUCAGUGCACGCGGCUCAUCUCCGCAGCUUCUGUGUUUCUCAACCUGUAACAUGUUCUCACCGCUGCACGAGGCGUGACGUGCAACAGAUGUGUGUGUGUGUGUGUGUGUGUGUGUGUGUGUGUGUGUGUGUGUGUUCGAGCAAGCAUUCCUGCACGCGGCGAUGCUGCUCCUGUGCGCAGGUUUACGUACGUACAGGAGCUGAACAAUGGCUGCUGUUUUUGCGCGAACCUCCAUCAUCUCCACCUGCAUCACACACACACACACACACACACACACACUCUCUCUCUCUCUCUCUCGCGCACUCACACACACAUACACACUCUUUCACACCAUCUGCUGCCUGUCAGCCUCUCGUUUGCUCGCGCAGCUCGGGGCUGUUGGACGGGCUGUCUGGCUGAGACCAGUGAAUAUGAGACCUACAUGUCUGGCUCUGUGUCAGUGGUUGGUGUGUGUGUAUGAAUGUGUGUUCAUUAUUGCUGUCACACACACACACACACACACACACACACACACACACACACACACACACACACACACACAGGGAUGAUAUUGUAAUAAAACCUUUAUUAGAAUCAGGCGAACAGAACAAACAGAAUCACCUGUCAUGCAGGUGAAACAGGAUACAGAACAAUGACCAAAAUAUGAUGUUUUCCUCCAGAAUGGAGCCCCUGAAGUCCCACAGAGUAAAAAUUUGGAUACUGUGUGCAGAAUAUAGUGACUUGUGCAUAGGGGAGAGUGGGGUAAGAUGAGACAUUUUUCAAAUUUCGGACAAAGGAAGAUAAUAAUUUCUUGUCGAACCAAGGAAAUAACACCCAAUAAAUAAACGCCCAUUUAUCUUCAGUACAAAAACUAUUUUUGCACAGAUUUUGUUCCCAAAACAUAACAGAAUUGUUUGCUUAUCUUCUCAUGGAAACAAUCUAUUCCUCUUUGUCGACUCAAUAUAAAAAUCCAGAGUGACAACAUUAUUAUCAUGUGUGCACAAUUCUAUCUUUUGUGUCCAGUCUUAUAAUUUUGAUAGUCUCGCAGUGGUUGUCAAAGGUCUUUUCCCACAAGCUCUUAUCUUGUGUGCCCGAGAUAUUAUUUUGUGUCCACAGGAUUAUUCUUUUUGUCUGCACAAGUUCAAAAUUUUCACUUUUUGGAAGCUGCAGCAUUUUUUUUUUUACGAUCUAAUGUGAUCUUUUAAGUGUCCAGCAGGGGGCGACUCAAAAUUUCAAAAAUCUGGUUGUGUAGAAGUUUAUUAGAAGAUAGCUCUAAUUCUCAGUUGAGACAUUUCCAAAGUAAACAUAACUGACCUGAAACAUUCCCACAAUGCCUUAUUCAAUUCCGACAAACAGCCCGUGGUGGGACAUCUUGCUUUAAUAUCUUGCACUGCCCCCGAGUGGUAAAAGUAUGAACUACUCUAGCUUUAAAUAUUUUUUUGUGAAACACUGUCAUGUAACUUGCAGAAAGAAACUAUAAGUAACAACUUUUGUGCUGCUGAUGUGACGCUCUAAUCUGUGUUUUUAAAGUCAGCAGAAACUCGCCAUCACUCUGAUCUUCGUGUAAAGUCCCCCUAAAUGAAUCACUGAGGUUUAUAUUUGUGUUUAUAUGUUCUGUGUUGUGUUCAGGGACCUGCUGGUGACCCUGGCUCUGGGUCAGGUUCUGUCUCUGCUGAUCUGUGCCAUCAGUUUGACCAGUAAAUACCUGGCUGACGACUUCCACGCUAACACACCUGUGUUCCAGAGCUUCCUCAACUACAUCCUGCUGUUCCUGGUCUACACCACCACACUGGCUGUCAGGCAAGGUAACAUUCACCUCUGUGCGUUUGGGUGUUUUAUGUGGGUGUUGAUGGUACUUAAAGAGUAUAUGUGUACUGUGCUGCAACAAACAACACAAUUAAAAUAGCAUCAUUAUAGAAAGUUGGCCUACCUCAGCCAUUACAGCUAUAACUGAUGGAUGUGCGAUCUCUCUAUCAGACACACCUGACUCAUUAAUUCAUACAUUCAUUCAUUUAGAUCUCCAUUAGCUUUGCCUAAGGCCAUCACCAUUCUUCCUGGAGUCUACAUUAACAAUAAGCUCUCCAUUCCAAAAAUCAUUUCACCACAAACACAAAGACAACAUCCAUAACCACAAAGACAGCAUCAAUAACCACAACAACUCUCAACAGCCUACAAGACAAAAACCAAACAACAAAACUAGAACAAUACAAACAACAUACACAUAUUACUGGAUCUUAUUCAUUUUCACAGUGUAGCAAUAGUUCUAAAAUAAUCAGAUGUUCAGAUAGCAACAUAUAUUCCACAUAAUUGAAUUAAUUUACAGAAACAGUACCCAAUACAUAGGCAGACGUUAGAUAUUUCAAGUAAAUCAGACAAACACUGAUUGAUUGUUCCAAGUAGUAGAUUGUUCCAAGGACCUGUUUGAGUAAUAAAUGUUUUUUCACUCGAUCUUUAAAUCUGAUGCUAAAACUGGAGCAUUUAACGCCAGUUUAAGCAUCGCUGCAUUGGCUCCCCGUCCGUUUCAGGAUUGAUUUUAAGGUUCUUUUAUUAGUUUUUAGAUGUGUUAAUGGUCUUGGCUCCCUCCGAUUUAUCUGACUUACUUUUAUCAUAUCAACCCUCCCAGACCCUGAGUUGCCUUUUUAUAUUUCUCUUAUUGCAAAUGUUCAUUUUAAUCAAAGUUCUUAUUGUUUAUUUUAUGUCAUUUUAUUAAUUACCUCUGUUCUUAGCCGUUUUCUUAAUUCCUGUCACAGGUUUUAACUUCUUUUACCACUUUUUUUAUAUGGUAGAGAGCUUUUACUUAUCUGUUCAUUUAAUAUAAUUUUCUUGUUUUAGUCCAUCAGAUUUUAGUCUUUCUUUUCACCAUUUUUAUUUCUAUUUUUAUCUCCAGUGUUUCACAGAGGUAGCUCUUUCCUCACGUAAUGUCUCGGUGUCAGGCCAUGUCUCUCUAACAAUAUAUCAUCAACUGUGUUCGGUUGUGUGUGUGUGUAUGUGUGAGUGAGUGAGUGAGGGCGGGUGUGUGCCUUUGUGUGCGUGUGGGUCCAUGGGUGUGUGUGUGGGUGGGAGGGUUGGGUUUUAUUGUCAUUAAUUGUUGUUUUUAGCCUCUGUGAGGCACUUUGAGCUACAUUUUUUGUAUGAAUAGUGCCAUACAAAAAGAGUUGAAUUUCUGUAUUUGUUGUGUUCUUGGAUAAUAUGUCCAUAUCACCAUGGCCCUAUACAUUGCCAUGCUUUUCAUCUUGUUUAUUUCUACUUUGGGUAUGGUGAAUUUACCCUCCGUAGCAUGUCUUGUUUUCUAACAGUGUUUAUCCGAACUGAAAGAUUGUGAAGAACCCUUGGCAAUUUCAUCAUUUAACAAAAACAGUGAUUGAACUUACAAAACACAAGAGCUGCUGAUCCACAGCUAUCUUCUUUGAUUUCUUGAUUUCACUAGAAAUCAAGUGGUCGAUUCAGAAUCAACACAUUAGUGUACCACACUGAGCAUUUGUGUACUUCUCUGACAUUUUCCUCCUCAGGCAGCAUGCUGUGAAAGGCUGAGUAAUGUUUGUUUCUGUUGAUGAUGUGGCAGCAGUGGGUGAGAUGAUUACACCAGAAGGCAGAGACAGUUUUGAAAUGAUAUACAUUCAAUGCGCAUCUCUUCGUAUCCUUAUAAAGAGCGCAUUUCGACUCUGUUUGACUGAGGUGUUAUUACACCGCCCUAUUGUUUUCUCAUCUUCAUUAUGUUAAUUUUUGAACCAGGUGAGGGCAACCUGUUGGCCAUCCUGAGGGAGCGCUGGUGGAAAUACAUGAUCCUGGGUCUUAUAGACAUCGAGGCCAACUAUCUGGUCCUCAAAGCUUACCAAUACACCACACUGUCCAGUGUACAGGUGAGUGUGUGUGUUACUCACUUUAAAGGCAGAGAUCAGAGGUUUUUAGUAGGUCCUGGUUACUGACUUUACCACAGUCCAUGGUACCCAUUCUUGGUUGCACGUUGACAUAGUCCUUACAGUAUAUAUGUAAAGUUCUUGUGUUCUCUGUCUGUCUGUCCCUUCCGCUCAGCUGUUGGACUGUUUUGUGAUCCCGGUGGUCCUUCUGCUGUCCUGGUUCUUCCUCUUGGUGAGGUACAAGUCAGUUCACUUUGUUGGGGCCGGACUAUGUCUGCUGGGAGUCGGCUGCAUGGUGGGAGCUGACAUCCUUCUGGGUCGGCAGCAGGGCCUCGGUGAGUACCAACCUUAAUGCUUCUGUUCAUGUGUGUGUUGGGUCUCUCUCCCUCCUCACCCUCUCUGAUCUUCCUCAUCUGUGCAGGAGAGCAGAAGCUGUUUGGAGAUCUGCUGGUUCUGGGGGGAGCCACGCUGUAUGGGAUCUCAAACGUCUGUGAGGAAUACAUAGUGAAGAACCUGAGCAGGGUUGAGUUCCUUGGGAUGAUGGGGCUGUUUGGAUCUUUCUUCAGCGGCAUCCAGCUGUGAGUUUGCUUGGUGGUCUAUAUAAAGUCAUGAACUUAAAGGGAUAUUAAAUUAAGUUAGGGUCAAAUACACCAUAACAACGAGUUAGACACCCCCUCGAAAAAUUAAUGUUGCCGACCGCUUGCUUGUCUAGUUAUACCAACUUUAGUAAUGACCGCAGAUAGCAAUACAGAGAGCCACACGCUCAAACAGUAAGGCACUCUAUAGCCACAAACAAUGCUCAGAACAGCAGCUAUUUUGCCUAAUUUCUUCAGCAAAGAGCAAAAAGACAAAAACACAACUCACCUACUCUCUUCCAGCAGCUGCUUGUUUUGUACGGAAAUCUCCGGGCAAGUCCAAUCGACUGCAGUGGGGUGUCGCAGCUCAAGGAAGAACAUUUAUGAUCAUUCUAUACACAUUUAUGAUAUGCUAUCCUGCGGUCGUUACUAAAGUUGGUGUAACCAGAGGAGCAAGCGGUUGGCAAAAUUCAUCUCAUGACGGGGUGUCUAACUCGCUGUUCCGUUGCGUUUGACCCUAACUUAAUUUUACGCUGGGAUAUCCCUCUAAAGGUGUGCACAGAAUGUGGACUAACACAGUGUGUAUGUGUGUGUGUGUGUGCUGUUGCAGGGCCAUCAUGGAACACAAGGAGCUGCUGAAGGUGCCCUGGGACUGGCAGAUAGGUGAGCAUGCAGGUGCAUCGGUUAUAAUACCAAAAAGUGAAAUCCAGAUUGAACAUGUUUCUGUCUGUGUGUGUCUGUGUGUGUGUGUCUGCAGGUCUGUUCUACGUGGGUUUCAGUGCCUUCAUGUUCUGUCUGUACAGCUUCAUGCCCGUGGUGAUGAAGAGGACGAGUGCUGCAUCAGUUAACUUGUCUUUGCUCACAGCUGACCUCUACAGCCUCUUCUGUGGCCUCUUCCUCUUUCACUACAAGGUAACACAGCACUGCCAGCUUAAAGAUAGAUAGAUAGAGAGAGAACUUUAUUAAUCCCUGAGGGGAAAUUUGGUAAAAAAGGGAUAAAGGGAUAUUCCGGCGAAAAUUAGGUUAGGGUCAAACACACCAUAACACUGAGUUAGAGACCCCAUCGAGAGAUUAAUGUUGCAGACCGCUUGCUUCUCUAGUUAUACCAACUUUUGUAAUGACCGCACAAUAGCAAUACAGAGAGCCACACGCUAAACUAAAAAGCUAUUCUAUAGCCAACAAUUAAUGCUCAGAACAGCACCGAACUUCAUCAACAGUACAUAUAAGGUCCUAGCCAUAGCACUAGCUACCAAACAUCUUUUUAACUUUGCCUAAUUUCUUUAGCAAAGAGACUAAACACAACUCACCUACUCUCUUCCAGCAGCCGCUUGUUUACUCGUUACUAAAGUUGGUAUGUCUAGACAAGCAAGCAGUCGGCAACAUUUAUCUCUCAAUGGGGUGUCUUACUCUGUGUUAUGGUGUGUUUGACUAACUUAAUUUUACGCCGGAAUAUCCCUUUAAGAUAGUCAAAUAUCUUGUGUCUGGAGCCCCUAUUUCCAAGUGCAUAUUGGGUAAUGUAGGCGCUACAUUUUGGGGUGUUGAUUUUGAUAUUCUUGAUGUGUAGAGUGAAGUGAAGGAUCUGACGGUUAAACAUAUCAGCAUGAAGCGACAGUCAAGUCAGUCGUUUCCUCUGUUUUUCAGUUCUCGGGCCUCUACCUGCUGUCCUUCUUCAUCAUCAUCCUUGGUCUGCUCCUUUACUCCUCCUCUUCUACCUACGUGGCUCAGGACCCCCGAGUCUACAAACAGUUUAGGAACACAUCCAGCCAGCUGGCCGCCGACCAGCCCCCGCUCAGUCCUGGAGCUCCAGAGCCCUCCGUCACCUACACAAGCCUAGGCCCUGAUCCGGGGGACGAACUUCCUGUACGGGUAGCUUGAGAGGAUCUGGAAGGCAGGGUUUAGUCUGUGGAUCAGAGACUCAGCUGCAGCCUGAAGGUCCUGAUAACAGCAAGUACAGAGAGACACACAGUACUGACUGUUCCCAGACCAGCUGAUCAGGAUGACUGGUUGGACUUAAUUUCAUGGUCUGAUGGAAAUGUGGAGUCUAAACCUGCUAAAGUAAAGACAGAUCCAUGAACCAGAACUCUGACUCAGCAGAGUGUCAUUAAGACAGAGAUCAGGGAGGAGACAUUGUGAUCACUGUGAAGAGACCAAGAGCGGACUGUACAGACUGAAAUUCAUCCAUUCAUCUGUUACCUAGGCCUCCAAACCUUUGAGGGUCACCGCUUUCAUUUGACAAGAAGCAAGAUUACACCUGGACAGGUUCCCACUUCACACAGGAGAUCAUCAUUUAUGUAAAUAGAUAAAUAAUAAUAAUGAUCAUUCGAUAUAAUAUCCUUCUUUUUAUAUCCGCCGACAAUGUUUGUGCUGACAACCUGUAUAUGGCAAGUGCUGUUUAUCUCAUACAUUUUCAUAAACCUAAACACUGAAACACAAACUAAAAUCAUGUAAAACUGCUUCAGCCUGCAGCAGUAAAACAGGCUGCAACAUAAUCAUCAACUAAAACUUCUUGUUUUUAUCUCUCCCAGGUUCAAAUUGUUAUUCUGAGUAUCUGUCAACAUUACAGAUUACAGGAGAAGUACAGGAACUCAUGAAGGUAAAAUUGCUGUUUUUAUUCAGCAGAGACUGGUCUUUUUGAAGGGAACAACUUGGAUAUGACACAUUUACCCCCAAGAUUAUGUUGCAGUAAUUCCUGUUUCACUGCUGCAGGAUGAAGAACAGUAUCUGUGCAUUUCUAGACAUUUUGUACCUCUGAGUCUUUGGACCCAAAAACAUGUUGAAAGUUUAAACUAUCACAGUUUCCAUUUUAAAAAUGUUGCAAAGUGAGACUGUGUUUAUCAUCAGAGUUAAUACCCAUCUUUGUAUCUACACUGGUUUGUACAUACUGCAUCAGGGUCUCUGUAUUUUUCACAUGAUGGCUAUUUUAAACUGUGGUUCCGAUAAAUAUAUAUAUAAAAUGAUAACUUUUACACAAAAAAAAAAAAAAAGUCUGUGUACCCCUGGGAUCGUUACAGGCUGGUUAAAGAAGCAGCAUUUAGACUUUCAUCAUGGCAAAAAGAAUUACCAGAAGAUAAACGUGUAUGAAGUGAUGAAAAGCUGAAAAUAAACAAAAAUUAAAGACUAA